AUGGAAAUUGCUAUUAGUGAAGGCAUGCAGGUUCAAAGAAUUAGCAGCACUGAUAAAUACUUGGGCUCUCCUCUAUUCACCAACAGAAGCAAGAUUCAAGCCUUCAAACCUUGUGUGGAUAAACUGAGACAAAGGUUUGCUGGAUGGAAAACAAAUCUUUCAACAGCUGGCAAAGUUGCCUUAAUCCAAACAGUCACUUACACCUCAAGUGUGUACCAAAUAAACUGCUUCAAGAUACCCAAAGGAACCUGCAAAGAACUAAAUGCUAUCCAAAGGGAUUUCUUCUGGAACAAGGAGCAAGAUAAAUCUAAAGGAUUAUACUAUAUUGCUUGGGAUGAUGUCAACAAACCUAAGGAGCUAGGUGGCUUAGGCUUCAAAAAUAUGGAAUUCUUCAACCUUGCCAUGAUAUCCAGAAUAACAUGGAGAUUAGUGAAAGAACCAAAUUCUCUCUGGAGCAAUACUAUGAAAGCUUCUCAUUACCCCAACCAGGAGGUUAUCAGAAUUAACACUAAACCAAAGGUCAAUGCAUGGGAGCUAGAAACGUCAAAGACUACACAAAAUGACUCAGAAGCUCAGACAGAGCAAGUAGAGGAGAUCAAUUAG